AAUCCGUUCUCUAGACAUCCGACGGCUCUGUUCUUCCCAUGGCCAUAUCUGUCGUCCUAUUUAUGGUGAGGUAACCCUAGCUCGAGGCUGCAGGCGGUUUCCGAUCCCUCGCUGUUCCAUCUCGCUUCCUAGCUCCUACGCCUCCGGCCUUCGCUACCAGCGUUUGCAUCAGCGAUCAUGUCGGACGAGGAGCAUCACUUCGAGUCAAAGGCCGACGCUGGGGCGUCCAAGACAUACCCGCAGCAGGCUGGGACGAUUCGGAAGAACGGAUACAUCGUCAUCAAGGGCAGGCCCUGCAAGGUUGUUGAGGUUUCAACGAGCAAGACUGGAAAGCAUGGUCAUGCAAAGUGUCACUUUGUUGCCAUAGAUAUCUUUAAUGGCAAGAAGCUUGAGGAUAUUGUGCCGUCCUCACAUAAUUGUGAUGUACCUCAUGUUAAUCGCACAGACUACCAGCUGAUUGAUAUCUCUGAAGAUGGCUUUGUGAGCCUUUUGACUGAAAAUGGUAACACCAAAGAUGAUCUGAAGCUCCCAACAGACGAUAAUUUGCUUACUCAGAUUAAAGAUGGUUUCGCAGAGGGAAAGGACUUGGUUGUCUCUGUGAUGUCUGCGAUGGGUGAAGAGCAAAUUUGUGGCCUCAAGGACAUCGGCCCCAAGUAGCUUCCCCCGUACAUCAUCAAUCGUCGUGCAAAAAAUAUUUAUAGUGAGUGCUUACCUUUCACAUGCGAACUACUGGUUUUCUUUCUUCCUCGUGUUCAUUAAUCACUAGCUUGAGUGUGAGUGUGAUUUGUGUCCAAAACUUAUAUGUAAUUUUGUUCUGUAUCGCCCUCUUUAUCAUGAAUGGUUUGCAUGAUGUUUAUUAUUCUUCA